AUGUCGAAGGACGAAGGAACCGUCGUUUCCGAUCUGAUCAACUUUCUCAACGCAUCUCCAACUACUUUCCAUGCCGCCGCCGAGGCCAAGAAACAGUUGCAAGCCGUCGGAUACGAACAAAUCUCGGAGAAGGAAGUUUGGGAACUAAAAGCCGGUCACAAAUACUUCUUAACCAGAGACCAUUCCACCAUCGUCGCUUUCGCCGUUGGCAAAAGAUAUGUUGCUGGAAAUGGAUUCCAUAUAAUUGGUGCUCACACCGAUAGUCCUUGUUUGAAACUGAAACCGGUGUCAAAGGUGGUUAAGGGUGGAAUAUUGGAGGUUGGUGUUCAAACCUAUGGAGGAGGUUUAUGGUACACGUGGUUUGAUCGGGAUUUGACUGUGGCUGGGAGGGUUAUCUUAAAAAGAGAAAAUGCUGGCUCUGUUUCGUAUUCGCAUCGCCUUGUUAGAAUUGAGGAACCUAUAAUGCGUGUCCCCACUUUGGCAAUUCACUUAGACAGAGGUGUUAAUGAUGGAUUCAAAGUAAACACGCAGACUCAUCUUGUUCCCAUUCUUGCAACGUCUCUAAAGGCAGAGGUUAAUAAAGUGUCCUCUGAAAACGGCUCAGUUGAAAGUGGAAAGCAGAAUGACGGAAGGAAAGAAAAUGAUAAAACAGGGUCUAGCAAUGCAAAGCACCACCCUAUACUUUUACAGUUGCUUGCAAGUAAACUUGAGUGUGAACCAGAUGACAUUUGUGAUUUUGAAUUGCAAGCUUCUGAUACACAACCAAGCAUAAACAGUAGAAAAAUUACAACUCCAUUUUCCCCUGUUCGUGUUUCCGAUUCUGGUCGCUUCCGAUUCCGAUUCCGUCUUCCUUAA